AUGCCGUGUGGUCUCUCCAAUGCCCCCGUGGUGCUUCAGAAUUUCAUGAAUGAGAUCUUCCGAGACAUGCUCCACCGGUUUGUGAUUGUGCUUGACUGUCUCCGCCGUCACCGUCUCUACUUAAAACUCAAAAAGUAUGAGUUCCACCAUCCUAUCAUCCAGUUCCUGGGCUAUGUCAUCUCCACAGAGGGCAUUCAGAUGGAUCAAUCCAAGGUGGAAGCAGUGAGAAGCUGGCCGCAGCCGCACACUAUUAAGGAUCUUCAGCGCUUCCUGGGGUUUGCAAACUUCUACCAAUGUUUCAUCACCAACUUCAGUGAGCACACCGCGCCUCUUACCUCCCUGUUAUGUAAUAAACCUAGGUCACUCCGCUGGACGACCUCCGCAGUUGAAGCUUUUAAAAAGCUGAAAGCCGCCUUCUGUUCGGCACCUAUCCUGGUGCACCCAGACCCUAGUUGA